AUGAUGACCUCUAGAAAACGUACAUUUGAAGAAUUCUCAACAUCCCAUUCUUUUUCAUUUUCUGAAGAUACAUCCACAACAAAAACCAAUAUAUUCAAUUGUUUACCUCCAUCGUCUCCACCACCAGCUGAAACCACCAAUAGUAACUAUAACGUCUUCCCCACAUCCAUCAAUAAUAGGUCAGAUGGUGAAAAACGGUUUCAGAAACAUAAAAUACAUAGUGAAGUACACACACAUACUAUAGAAAUAAUGAUGAAUGCUCAAUUGCAACUACAACGACAAGAGAAAUUGCAAUGUCAACAACCACCACCACCACAACAACAACAAGAAGAAGUGAAACUGGAUAGUGAAGGUAGUAAUGAAGAAUCAACUUAUUAUCAACGUCCAUACUGGUAA